UGUAAAGAGGGUGUUGCAGAGGUUGUAGACGGGCAGCCUAUCGAAGUGAAAUCAGCGAAUUGAAAGUGGAAAAUCCUUAAAUAAAUUCGAAGAACAAGUGUUUUCCUACAGCGGAGUGGUUCGUUUUUAGUUUCGGAAAGGCUAACCAGCUGCGGAACUAACGGUGUAUAGUUAAAGCGUGAACGGUUGAUAGCUAAAACACGGCAUCUUGUUAUUAGUGCCACGAGUAAGAGCUGUACAAUGGCAACUAGGAAAAAAGUACUACUGAAAGUUAUCAUCCUUGGCGAUAGCAGCGUCGGUAAAACGUCCCUAAUGAAUCAGUAUGUAAACAAACGUUUCUCGAACCAGUACAAGGCUACAAUCGGAGCCGAUUUCCUGACCAAGGAAGUAGUAAUCGAUGAUCGAGUUGUUACGAUGCAGAUAUGGGACACUGCUGGACAGGAACGGUUCCAAUCGCUCGGAGUCGCAUUUUACCGUGGAGCGGAUUGCUGCGUACUGGUGUACGACACCACCGCUCCGAAUACGUUUAAAAAUCUGGACUCCUGGAGGGAUGAAUUUCUGAUUCAGGCGAGUCCCCGUGAUCCGGACCACUUCCCGUUCGUAGUGUUGGGUAAUAAGAUUGACCUCGAGAAUCGAACGGUAUCAACCAAACGUGCCCAACAGUGGUGCCAAGCAAAGAAUGAUAUUCCCUACUUUGAAACAUCAGCCAAAGAAGGCAUCAAUGUAGACCUUGCUUUCCAAACAAUUGCCAAAAAUGCAUUAGCCCAAGAAAGUGAGGUUGAACUCUACAACGAGUUUCCCGACCAGAUUAAGUUGAACGCGGAUCGCAACAACCGGCCCCGAAACGGAGACAACUGCUCCUGCUAACUGCUACUGAAUAGACAACGUUCGAACAAUUCAGCAUGAAAUCUUUUGUUACAAUAACCGACUGCAGCUUGCAGGCAAACCGCAAAUAGGCUCCACAAGAAAGAGUAAAGUAUAGUAACAAUAAUGUCCCUCUGAAUAUUGAAUUUAACAUUUCUGUUGAAAUUAGAAAUUAAGCGACAGUUUGCUUCUAUACAAAACAUUAGAAUUGAUAAAUGCAAAAUAUACCUACUAUAGUUCAAUAAAUAACCGAACACUAGCACGCCGGGUCUCUUUCACAAUAUGUUGUACUCCACAGGUCGAAAUUUAGUUUUUUUUUCUCUCCCAAUGGUACACUCGGUGUUGUAUUGUUCCCAUAUUAGGUUUAAUUUCAACUGAUUAUGCUACUAUAUAAAAAUCUUUUCUUUAAUUUUAUAUGCUAGAAACGAUAAAAAAUAACCAGUCGAUAAGCAAACAUUUAUAUUUGUAUAGUAGUACUAAGUCAGAAUAAAAUAAGCAUCUGAGCAGCAGAGAUAGAUUUGAAUGAUUCACUCCGUUCGCGGUUUACAGCAGCAUCAAUUUACUUUCUAGAUAGAUAAUUUCGAAAUGUGAUCACAGUGCUUCGAAUUAUGACAAAAAUUCCUGUUAGGUGAUUGGCACACCGUUUUCAUUUUGUUUUUCUUCUCCAAGACCAUCUGUUUUCUUGGAGUGCGAAUUCACCCCGUAAUGCUCUAUGCUCGCUUGAUGCUUAUAACUAAAUUAUUCAAUAGUAAUGGUAUGAUAUAUUACAAGCUGUCUACGGCAUAUCUAGCUAUCAAAACAAAUAAUGAGCAAGUAACAGCUGGUAGACAAGUAAAACUCAUUCUUUAUUUUACGAAAACAAAAUAGCAAAUCGAAAUAUCAAAAUCAAUUGGAUAGGCGUAUUAGAAAGUAAAACAGUGAAAAAUCCGAUUAGGAUCACAAUUAGUAUAUAAAUAUGACUUUUGUUCUGUGCUCUGUCUACAUCAAUAGCUAUAUCAGAAAUAGAAGAAAAGCAACUCAAAACUGUUGUGCAAUUGAACAAGUGGUUACGCAUUAUCGAAGAGCAUCGACAGACAUAUUUUCUCAUUUUUCGAAAGUGUAAAAUACAUAACAUUUAAACGAGAUGGGCUAUUCGAAAUAGAUUACAGACAUCUAUAUAAAAUAGAUUAUAAACGGUAAAUUCAUAUAUCACAUAAUAAAAGUGAUU